AUGGCAGCCGAGAUGGCGUUCAGUGUGGCCGAUGUCGCCGCCCACAAAGACAGAACUGACUUGUGGGUCAUAAUCCAUAGAAAAGUCUAUGACCUUACUAGAUACGUGCGAGACCACCCUGGUGGCAUGGAUGUCCUGUACGAUGUUGCUGGAUCUGAUGCGACCGAGGCAUAUGAUGAAGUCGGCCAUUCAGAGGAUGCGGAUGAUAUCUUGAAGACGUUUUUGAUUGGCACAGUUAAGGAUGCCCAAGAGAUAAAAGCCCCUAAGAAGGUUGUUCGCCUUGUCCAGCCAACUGCACCGAAGAAGGAGACUACUGGAGCAUCGGGUUCGUCUGCUGGCGCAGUUACCUUGGUGGUCAGCUCGCUUGCCAGUGUCUCGAUGCUCUACUUUGCUUCCCAGCAUCAUCUCAAACUACAAGACCUGUUGUCAAAUCUUCCUCUGCCAUCUUCGCCGUCGCUACUACCCGCGCCGACCCUUGCCCUGCCACAGGGAGGCUUCUCCGCCGGAUUUGCUGCUGCUACCUCCGUGUGUAUCACUAUUGGCGCCGUUCUUGCAGCCAAGCUUUCGACCAUCAUUCAGAUCGAGUCUGGAUUCACGAAAUACCCUUCUCAUUUGAAGGGCCGGCCUGUAGUGAAGGCGGAUCCUGGGGUUGCCCGGGGUUUCCUACAGCCUAAGGAAUACCAGGCUCUUCCCCUAGUCAAGAAAGAGCAGCUUUCGCCGAGCGUCUUCCGCUUUGUGUACCAGCUGCCCCACGAAACAGAUGUCAUUGGUAUUCCAAUCGGCCAGCAUUGUGCUAUCAAGGCUGAUAUCGACGGAAAAGAUGUCGCUCGAUCAUACACCCCAAUCUCUAAUAAUACAGACCUAGGCAGGCUGGAGCUGGUUAUCAAGUGCUACCCCGACGGCGCCCUCACUGGAAAGUACCUCGCCAACCUGAAGGUCGGCGAUAAGACUCUCUUCCGCGGCCCUAAGGGUGCAAUGAAGUACAAGAGGGGUCUCUGCAAGAAGAUUGGAAUGGUUGCUGGCGGCACUGGAAUCACCCCUAUGUACCAGCUUAUUCGCGCUAUCUGUGAAGACGAAAACGACACAACGGAGAUUAGCCUAAUCCUCGCCAACCGCACCGAAGAGGACAUUCUCCUCCGAAAGGAACUCGAAGCAUUCGCGAAGAAUUAUCCUAAGAACUUCAAGCUGUGGUACAUGCUCGACCAGCCUCCGCAAAAGUGGGCCUAUGGCAAGGGCUUCGUUACCCAGGCCGUUUUGGCUGCCAAGCUCUGGGAGCCUUCUCCCGACACCAAGGUUAUGCUCUGCGGGCCUCCUGGAAUGGUGAAGGCUGCCCAGACUGCUUUGGUAUCCUUGGGCUUCCAGGCUCCCGGAUCUAUUGCGAAAAUGACCGAUCAAAUAUUCCUCUUCUAG